AUGAUAAAUAGCGAGUACUACUUGAGCUCCCAGGUCGUGGCUAGAAAAUGGAACUUACCGUAUUUGAACAAGGAAGACGGAUACGUUGGAAUGCUCAGAUUUGACCGAACUUACUGUAAGCGAGCGAUUCUCCGAUCCAUCGGCCAAAAUGAUAUCGCCGUAACAGUUGGCGACCGCACAAGAGAAAAUUACCGCGUUGAAGCUCAGUACUUUGAGCGACCCGCUGAUGGUUCGACAAAGAAAGAAGCUGCGGUUGUUCAAUUCCGAAGAUCUGGCUAUGUUGAAGGCGAGUUUCUUUCGAGAGGAAAGGAUCGCUUCUUCGUCUCGAUGCAUGGAAUUGAUGAGCAUUCAAACCCAAUCGAAGGUGUAACAAGCGAAGACAUCCAUCAGUAG